ACUGUGAGAGAAAAAAGAAGAAGACGACGAAGGGAAUGCUCUGGACGAGAACUCACCAGCCUAGCUGAGAUAUGAGCAGCCUGACACAUAUUUUAUUGCAACUCUAAUGACUCAAUAGCGCUGUUCUUCGUCGCCAUGUGAUUUAUAAUCGCCAAUUCAAUUGUACGGUGCUUGAACCGAGGAACAUUCCGGAAGGGAACGACGAGGAAGAAGCAAAUGCGAGCCCCGACACCAGCAGCUAGCGUCAGUGUCCUGAUGGUGUGUUUCACUGGGUAAAGACGCCUGCCCGGCUCCACUCCAAAAAGCGCUACCUCCAUAGUCCUAACCCUUUCGACGACCAACGUGCAGCCAACAUGUCCAUCGCCAACACGCCCACCAGCAACGACGCCUGCCUGAGCAUUGUCCACAGCCUGAUGUGUCACAGGCAGGGUGGGGAGAGCGAGAGCUUCGCCAAGCGGGCCAUCGAGAGCCUGGUGAAAAAACUCAAGGAGAAGAAGGACGAACUCGACUCACUCAUCACCGCCAUCACCACCAACGGCGCCCAUCCCAGCAAGUGCGUGACCAUCCCAAGGACGCUGGAUGGACGACUGCAGGUGGCUGGUCGUAAAGGUUUCCCACACGUUGUUUAUGCCAAGCUGUGGCGUUGGCCCGACCUACACAAGAAUGAACUGAAGCACGUCAAAUAUUGCCAGUUUGCCUUCGACCUUAAGUGUGACAGCGUGUGUGUCAACCCCUACCACUAUGAGAGGGUGGUCUCUCCUGGCAUAGAUAUAUCAGGACUGAAUCUUACCGGCUCUCGGCCUGGCUCGGCAAUGAUGGUCAAAGAUGAGCUCGAUUUUGACGGACAGCAGAGCCUGCCUGCCAUCGAGGAGGGGCGCUCCAUGCAGACCGUCCAGCACCCUCCAGCCGGUGGCCCCCCAGGACCCUCUGAUUUGUUUGCCCCCGCCAGCAUGCUCCCUCCUGCUGAGGCGUCCACUUCGUCUUUCCCUACGGUUGCCACAGGAUCGGGCACUUCCCCUCCUCUAGGUGGCAGCACCAGCUGGUCAAGGAACAGCAGCUUCAGCCCCAACGCGUCACACCCCAGCAACGGCCACCUCCAGCACCACCCUCCCAUGCCACAGCCAGCACACUACUGGUCUGUCCAUGACGAGUUUGCCUUCCAGCCUCCCAUAUCAAACCAUCCUGCCCCAGACUACUGGUGCUCCAUCGCCUAUUUUGAGAUGGACCUGCAGGUGGGGGAGACCUUCAAGGUGCCUUCCUCGUGCCCCAUCGUGACCGUGGACGGCUACGUGGACCCGUCGGGCGGGGACAGGUUUUGUCUGGGCCAGCUGAGCAACGUGCAUCGCACUGAGGCCAUCGAGAGAGCGAGGCUUCACAUCGGGAAAGGCGUCCAGCUGGAGUGUAAAGGCGAGGGUGACGUGUGGGUGCGAUGCCUAAGCGACCACGCCGUCUUCGUGCAGAGUUACUACUUGGACAGAGAGGCUGGCCGAGCGCCUGGAGACGCUGUUCAUAAGAUCUACCCCAGCGCUUACAUCAAGGUGUUCGACCUGCGCCAGUGUCACAGGCAGAUGCAGCAGCAGGCGGCCACCGCUCAGGCGGCGGCGGCGGCGCAGGCAGCGGCCGUGGCAGGAAACAUCCCCGGACCGGGCUCAGUGGGAGGCAUCGCUCCGGCCAUCUGUCUCUCCGCCGCCGCCGGCAUCGGCGUGGACGACCUACGGCGACUAUGCAUCCUCCGCAUGAGCUUCGUCAAAGGCUGGGGACCCGACUACCCGCGGCAGAGCAUCAAGGAGACGCCGUGCUGGAUCGAGAUCCACCUCCACCGAGCUCUGCAGCUGCUGGACGAGGUCCUGCACACCAUGCCCAUCGCUGACCCCCAACCUCUAGACUGAGAACACGGGAGGGGAGGCCUUCUACGUUUUUGGAGGCGGGGUUUGCAGGACAUAAACAACCAGCCCAUAAAGUACUGUGUAUCCAUCAAGCUGCUGGUAGACAACAAGACCAUAGUGCUGUGUUUUUUUAAGAUGGCUACGCUUGCUUGGCUGACAUCGAGGCGCAUUUCAUUAGGUACACCUGCACAGAAACCUCACAUAUUUCAAGGUCCCUGGUUACAUAGAAAUGACUUUUUAAAAAAGGGCAGGCUCUGCUACACAUUUCUAAAAUAACUAACUGUCAUCCCGCUCUGUGUAUAGGGCAAUUCUGUUUGAUAGUCCAGGCUUUAUUUGAAGUGUAGU